AUGAUUUUGCACGUCACUACUGUUAAUACAAAUGAUGGUAUUAAAGGUCAAGACUAUACCACUGCUGUGAAUCAAUUGUUAGGUAAUAAUGAUAAUAAUGAAGAAGAAGACGACGACGAUUACUAUUCAGGUGAUGAUUAUGGCGAUGACGAAGAAGACGAUGACUGUACGGUCGACUUGUUUGUCGAUCAUUACACUGAACUUCUGUUACCCGAAGACUAUGAAGAGUCGAAAAAAUUGAAUUUUACACAAAAGUCGUUUACAUUUCCCGAAGUCAUUGAAAAAGUCAAACGUUUGCAUAAAUACCAGCAAAAUGUGACCAACAAAUUGAAUCCACUGAUCAAGAAAGUUAUGCCCAGACUAUCGGAGCUAAUCUUUUAUGUUGACCUACCGGUAGAGUGCAUGACGGCACUGGCUCGGGUGGGUCAGGCCGUACAAAACGGUGAUCGUUGGGCCAUAAAAUUUAUGGAUUCAUCGCCAAUAGGACAGUUGGAUCCGGUUAACUAUAAUUCGCUGCCUUUCGGCGAAUAUGAAGAGUGUAUUACUAUAGAAAGUCCCAGAGAAGUGGACAAAUCUAAGAUAUACGGCAAAUACUGUGCACUCGGUAUACCAACUAAUCUGAUACCCGACAGUAGAGACCAUCAACCAGAAGAUAAUAAACGAGUCGAUCAAAUGCUUUUGGAUUUUUUGAGAAAUCAAUUUAAUAAUAGUGAUGUCAAUAAAGGCGAUAUGUUUUUCUUGGACAACCAGUUAGAUAAUGGACAUACUGAUGGCCACUUUUAUGAAGGUAUCAUCAAAUAUAUGGAGUACAUGGGUGCUGAAAACAUACGUCUACCUCCCGGCCUAUGCAUACCCACUGUUUGCGAUGCCAAAGAUGUUGAAUACGCUAUUAAUAAAGUUUUAUAUCCAUUGACUCAUAUGAAUAUCAUAAUCAAUGAGGACUGUGAUUAUAUAGGAAAGCCAUUUGUUAUAAACAAUUAUCAGAUUAUCUCAUUGACAUUCAUCUUAAGUAUAAUUAUGAUUUGCAGUGUUUGUACGGUUGUCUAUAGUUUAAGAAAAACUACCGAAAAGACAUCAAAUAGUCGGACACUUGAUUACAUCGUACGAAUCACCGACUGUUUUGCGCUCAUACCUAAUAUCCGAUCCGUAUUUGUUAGUCCACCAAAACAAUCGCCUAAUCGAAGAUUUUCGUCACUGGACGGCAUACGGGCCGUACUGUGCUUCUGGAUGUUUGUCCAAAAUGAAUACGAAGGCGGUUAUCUACCAUUACAUACAAUCAAACUUAAAGAGUCGGCAACCUAUAAGUUUCACAAUCAACUCAAAUACAUAAUGUUUAUUAACUGGAAUCUAAACGAAACAUUUUUUUUGAUCGGAGGAUUUCUAUGUUCUUAUUUAACACUAAAUAAAUUGGAUCAAACAAAAGGCAUAUUUGAUUAUAUAAAAUAUGCACUUUCAAGAUAUUUCCGGAUAAUUCCUGCAGUUUUGGUAGCAAUUGCCAUAACAUUAUUGUUUGAACUAAUGGGAGACGGUCCAAUAUGGCCUCUUAUUAAUCAAGCGCUUCAAAAACCAUGCAUUGAAAACCCGAGUCCAACAAUAUUUAUGUUUAAUAAUUAUGGAUCGUUUCCCGAUGUUGUUACGUGUGUUCCGGUCACAUGGUAUAUAUCUACCGAUUUUCAACUAUACCUGAUAGCACCGAUUUUUAUAUUAGUACUGUAUUAUUAUCCAAUUGUUGGCAUAAUAUGGACACUGUUUUUUGGCGUAACUUUAGGAUCACUGAUAGCAUUAGCGCCGAAAUAUUUGUUGGGAAUCCCGCAUAUAUUUGAAGGCUACCGGACAUUGAAUUUCGAUACAAUGGUCAGCUCACUGUCACACCAUUACUGGGGCAUUGAACCACACUUUCAAGUCUAUACAUUGGGAUUAUUACUUGGAUUUAUGGUAAAAAAAUAUCCGAAACUCAAUUUGGGCGGUUAUAUUGGAGAAAGUGUACUCUGGAUAGUGACCUGGUCUAUGACAGGGUAUGCCUUAUUUUGGCACCGAAACUAUUUUCGAGUUACUGAAUAUGUGGUCAACAACAAUGAGAUACUCUUAUGGGUUUCACUGUCCAAACUAUGCUAUUCGGCCGGUUGGAUGUGGGCUAUCUAUGCCUGUUGUACGGCCAGAGCUGGUUUUAUAAAUCAGUUUUUUGGUUGGAGAGGAUUCAGACCGAUCUCACAUUUAAUGCUUGAAAUCUAUUUGCUACGACUGUUUACAAUACUCUUUAGAAUAGGUACGGCCAGAGAACAGGUGUUUUAUAGCGACUAUUAUGUGUUGUCAAUAACCAUAUUUGACUUUGCAAUGACCUGUCUAUUUGCCUUAAUUGUCAACGUUUUAGUUACCAAACCGUUUGCAAAUCUAUUGCAAUUAGCAUUUGUAACUAAUCAUGGCUUAGCCACUAAUACUAACGGUGAUAUCAGUCUAUUGAAUGAAAAAGAUGCAAAUAAUAAUAAUAAUAAUAAUAACAAUAAUGUGGUCAACGAUGUCAUCUAUUAA